UUCACAAGAGUGGGGGAGAGAGCCUCCAUUUGAACAGUGAUUGGUGGAUGUGUCAACGUUCACACCAAACGGAAGAAGCUCUGAGGGCCAAAAACAAUAUAAAGAGGGGAAGGCUAACUUCUGCUGCUCUAGAUAAGAGGAAAGGGACCCAAUCUUCUUCUAUAGAUAUUUUCUUAAAGGGGGAGCACCAAUCUAAUGGAUACAUCAGUUGCGAGGUGGUUUUCUGAUAUGGGAAUGGAUGAUCCAAGUUUCCUCCAUCAGUGGGAUAUGGACUCCUUGGAUCAGUUCACUGCACAACAAAUAGCGGUGUCUCUUGGGCAACACUUCCAACAAUCCCCCUCCUCAGAGAGCUACACCUCGUACCCUUCCUUCCAACCACCGGCAAGCACCACAUCAAACACCUUUAGCUGCUCAUCCAUGGACACCAAGUGUGUCGAAAGGCCCAAAAAAGUCCUCAAGACCAGCAGCUGGAAUUCUUGCACCACCGAGCAGAACUCAUCUCUAGCCCCUGAUGCCUCGUCUCCAUGCAUCCUUUCCUUCGGCAAACCGGAAUCGCCGAGGAACCAAUCUGGCUUAUAUGAGAGUUUAGUUGGGGCUGUGAAGCCAAAAGAAGAGAUGGAGAUCUUGGUUCCUCAUGGCUUAAAGAGGAGCUAUGGAACUAUGAUUGAACAGGGACCCAAAAGGAUGAACAUGGGAGCUAGGCCAACUUCUAAUAACCAAGACCACAUCAUUGCGGAGAGGAAGCGAAGGGAGAAGAUGAGCCAGAGAUUUAUUGCACUGUCAGCACUCAUUCCUGGUCUCAAGAAGAUGGACAAAGCUUCCGUUCUUGGAGAUGCAGUAAAGUAUCUGAAACAACUACAAGAGAAGGUGAAAACUCUCGAAGAGCAAAAUGCGAAAAGGACUGUGGAGUCGGCAGUUGUUGUGAAGAAAUCUCAGCUUUCUUCCGAGGACGAUGGCUCCUGUUGUGAUGAGAAUUUUGAGGGGUUCCCAUCUGGUGAAUCCCUCCCAGAGAUUGAGGCCAAGAUGUCUGAAAACAGUGUCCUCAUUAAGAUCCACUGCGAGAAACGCAGUGGAGUAUUGCUGAUGGCACUCUCUGAGAUCGAGAAGCUCCACCUCAGCGUCAUCAACACUAGUGUCAUCCCCUUUGCCAGUUCCCAUCUUGAUAUAACUGUUGUGGCUCAGAUUGAUGCAGAGUUCUCCAUGACAGUGCAAGAUUUAGUGAAGAAGCUCAACUCAGCUUUCAGGCAGUUCAUGUGAAGAAGCUGAGACAGCCUUGUAUAAAAGAAGGUGGUGAUGGUGGCCCCCUUUUUUUUUCAUUAGUGUUGAGAUAAAACUAGGGCUAAUGGUUGGCUAGCUAGUGUCAGUUCUAGUCUUUUUGGACUUCCUUUUACUUCUGAAAACAAGGCCUUCGAUCCCCUCACACUUUAAAGAUCACCAUUUUCAGUUGUUUUUGCUGCAUGGUUUUUUUUUUCUUCUCCUCUUUUUUAAAGCUCUUCUCUCCCCUUUUUUGCACGGUUGAAGCACUCGGCCAUGUAUUGUUCUAGGAGAGAGGAUCGACUCACUAGCUACGCUCUUUUUUUUUUUUUUGGGGAGUGGUGGGGAGGUGGGAGAGUUUUUGACUUUUCAAAACCCCUUUCCUUCCCCUUCUAUUAUGUCUCCUUUUUGAGGGGUUUGACUUCUUCAAACCUACCUCUCGCCUUCCUUUCCAUCUAUCUCCACUCCCAAAAGCUUGACUGUGAAAAAAAAUGGUGCUUUCUUUUUUUUAUUUUAUGGGGUGAAAUAGGCCUUGUUGCAGGAGCUUGGGGUCCUUUUUUUUUGAGGGUCUUAUGAAUAAUUCCUACUCGUGUCCCUUUCUCUUGCUGCUGUCUCUCUUGUAUGAAAGGUCUUUCUUUUAUGUAAAUUUGUGACAAGGUCUUUAAAGCACCAACCAUGUUGUUGUAAUGGACAAAAUGUGCAAAUAAAAAUACCAAAUAGUUCCAGUGGUUGAUAUGGCAA